CUUUCUCUGCUCCCCGCUCCCAGCCCAAACACAGGCCCGUUCCCAAUCCCGUUACAGGGGGAUCGGCCCCGCCCCGCUCCCGUAACACCGGCCGCGACCGACAGCACCGGACACCCCUGCGCGUGCGGCCCCGCCCCUUCCUGCAGCGCCCGCCCAAUGGGCGCGCAGGCCGCCGUUUAAAUGGCGGGGGCGGCCGGAGCGUUGGUGCCGCCAUGGGCAGCGCUGAGGGCGCAGAUUGGGUUGAUGUUGCCAAUGAUCUUUGUAGGACCUGUCACAUAAACCAGCACAUAAAGCAUCUCUCAGAAUGUGGGGCUGACCUGUUUGUUCAUCUUUAUGAGUCAAUCUUAGGAGAAAAAGUACCAGAUUUCAUUGCUACUCCCAGAAGCCAAGAGGAUGAUGCACAUAAUGUACAAGCAGUAAUAGAUUCCCUGGCAUUGGAUUAUUUGCAGGUCAGCUUAUCUCACAUCACAGGUGAGAACAUUGUGAAAGGAGACAGGGAGUCUAUCAAAAACCUCCUUGAAAUAUUUGAGGGUUUGCUGGAGUAUCUUAGAGAAGUCAGUGAAACAUCUUCUCAGACUGGAGCUGAGAUAAAUGUGCUGUCCAGUGAUGAAAUUCAAAUUGCACCUCAAGAGCAGCUGGAAAGCACUGCUGAUCAACUUACAGAACAUACACUACUCUCAUCAGCUGAAAGGUCCCAGUCAGAAUAUUUUAUUCUAACUUGUGAUACAGAUGGCUCAGGAUCUACCAGUGAAUUAAUUAAACUUGGAGAUACUGCUUAUUCAUUUUCCAAGAGAGGGGAAGCAGGAAAGGACACGGAGGCAGAAGAAUCUGAAAGCACAGAGGCUCUUAUAGCAUUGCCCAGACAGUUCUCAGAAAGUGAAAGGGGGACUGAAAAUGAAAGGGAAGAUGGAGGGAUGGAGGCUGUUCCUGAACCUCACCAGGGGAGUUUGGGUGUCAGUGCUACCAAACUGGGGGAGCCCAUCCAGCAGGCAAUUCCUCUGCUGCCCCCGUUCCAGCCCUCAGAUCCAGCCUGGAGAGAUCCCCACAGCUCUCACAGAGCAGCAGCCCUGCCUUGCAGAGAGGCACUGAACAUUCCUGCUAUUGAAAAGUCACUUACCCAAAAAUUUCCUGAUGUUUCUGAUGGUCUUCCUCUAUCCAGAAAAAUCCCUGGCACAGUGCCAUUAACUCACACUUACCUGUCAUCUGCUUCUGCAGUGGGAGAAAUGCUGGGAGGUGAUGCCAAGGACAAUGUGACAAAGGUGCCUCUGGUAUCUGAGUCUUCUAUAUCUGCCUCUUCUGAGGAAAAGCUCUCACAAGUGACUGAACAAGUAACACAAACCCCAAGACCUGAAUCUCAGCACUGGCCUAGAACAACAAGCAAAUAUGAAAAUUCCACCCCAGAUUCAGUUGAAGAUUCACUUACCCACAGAACAACCAAGGAGAAGGUGCCCAAGGAGCAGGAGUUCCAUGAAGCAUCAGAAAAUCUGUCUCGCAGGCUGAAGGAACUGGAUUUGAUGUUGAAGAGAGCUUUGGGUGAGCACACAGGAGGAGGGGAGCUGCCAGAUGAGGACAGCCUGUCCCACCACAGUGACAGUGCCAUGGACUAUGGCCGAAGGACAGCUGGGAGAGACACACCACGUCCAAGGUACCCAGGCAGGCCAAGAUCCCUCUCUCCAGCCUCUCCCUUGUCUCAGCACCAGGAACAAAAACAGAGGGGCAGAGGGACAGGCCAGAUAAAGACAAUCCUCAGCCACCUGCAGGAGGAAAGGGAUGAAAGAACAAGAAAAGCAAAGCUGGUCACUAAAGCUUAUGAAAAUGAGCUGAGAAUUUUUGAAGCGAGGGAGAGGCGAAGAAUUUCCAAGCUCAGAGAAGCUGCCAAGGAAAUGGAACAAGAGUACAAAGAAAAUGUCUUUCAAGAACCUCCAAAAGUGUCUCAGCCAGUGAAAGUUUAUUCUAGAAAAACCACACCUCAGUAUCCCAAACACAGCCAGUGGAUUCCAAAACGAGGGAUCAGGAAGCCAAAGCAAGCAGCUCCAAUGACAAUAAGAGACAAUGACCUCCUCCUGCAGCUCCUGGAGGAGUUUCCCCACCUGCACAUUUCCUCCCGUACUCUGGAUAAAAUGUGGCACCAGCAGCUUGCACAGACCGAGCACCUCAAGGCACCCUCUGCCAGACCUAGACCAAAACUGCAGAAUCAAGUUGAACAAGCCUUGAAGAAACAUGAGCUGCUUGCUGCAAUUAUCAAGAGAGAUCAAGAUCACAGCAAGAGACUGCAAGAAAUCAAGCAGCGCAUCCAGCGGCAGAGGUGGGCUCAGAACAAGGUGACCGAGAGGCGGCAGCAGGCGGCGCGGGCCAGGAAAUACUACGAGGAUUACCGGGUGCAGCUCCGGGCCAAGCUGCUGCGGGCCAGGACACGCGAGGAGAGGAUAUUUAAAAACUUAUUUGAAGAAGGCUUAGAAAUUCAGAAGCAAAGGCUGAGGGAGCUGAGAGUUUAUGCUCAGGAGAAGCGUGAUGAGCAAUGGAGGGAGCACCAGGCUGAGCUGGAGUCCCUGGAGAACUACUACAGAGAUCAGUUUUCCAUGCUAGCAGAAGCUCUAUCUCAAGAAUUCCAAGAAAUCCAAGCCAGAGAGAAGGCACAAGCACAAAUGCUACAAAAAUCAAAAAGGGAGGUGAGAUCAAAGAUGGAGAAGGAAAUACAGCAACUGCAAGCAGCAAUCAUGCACAAUGAUGAUGACACCUUUUUUCAAGAACUGGAGGCAGACAGACUGAGAUCCAGACUUCAGAUGGCUUCCUUCCAGUACAGCCAGAGCCACUUCUUUUGACUUGGGUAAAUGUCACUGCAGUCCUUCCUGGCUAAGAUGAUCAGUCUUUGGGUGUGAGGCUGUUUUAUUCCUCUAAAAUAUCUGUUGUGUCAUUUUGACCUGUCAGGAGUGGAGCUGCUGGGGUCUGGGAUCUUCACAGCACUUUUAUGAUGACCAAUAAAAUUUCUAAACUGCUUUUUACCUUCCUGGCAAGGCUGGGGUGAUGUUGGGCUCUACCAGAGGAAGCUGGGAUGAAGUCAGAGUGCUUUAGUGAAGUUUUCCUGGUGGAACAGUUGGAUGCUGAGGCUCCUCUGCAUCUGUGCUGGGGCUGUUGCUGCUAAGCCAGUCUGACACCAUUAGUCAGAAAUCAUGGAUUGGAAAGCUCACAAAGCACAAGAAGAUCUUUGAAAGAACAUCAGAGGUUCAGGUUUCCUGUGAAACGCCAAGUUAGAGAAUUCCUGCAAUAAACCUGACAUAAGUAACUGGGAAUUUAAAUACAUCAAGCAAGGGAAGACUUCUUCCUCUCCUGCUUCAGUUGUACUCACAGGGUUGGUGUUGCUGGCUUGAUAAAAUACAAAGGCAUAGAAAAUACUCUUCCUAUGCCACAAAUGUACUGGGAAAAAGAAUUUGAAACAGAAAACAAUGCAGAUUCUUCUAAAGCUGUGCAUGAUCAGCUUCUGCAAGAGGUGAACCCUGGGAAGGAGCUAUGGACAGCCCACACUCACAGGUGAAGCCUGGUUACUCCAUCUUCACCCUGACAGAACCAGAACUAAAGAAUGAUUAAAUAUUUCACCAGUCAGCUUUGACCUUACUUCAGGCUGUAAUUUCUGCUUCCAGGAGAGCAGGAGCUGCCAGCAGGCCCUGCACCUCCUGUAGCAUCUUGCAGCUAUAAACAGUGCAGGGCCAGCAGGAAAUCCAGGUCUCAGCAGCCAAACACUGGGGAGGUGCCAGCACAGAGGGAUGAGGGCUUGAACUGAGAACAAUUACAUAAAACCAAGCUGAUAUUAAUGAAGCUCAUUACUGAUACAGCCUGUCUGACAAAACUGCAACUCUAAUUAGUUUAUCUUGCUAGUAGAAUAGUUCUUGCUUAAAAUUGCUGUGAGAGAAGUGAUACAGGAAUACUGGAUUUAACUGCACUGUACACACAAUAUUUAAAGGUUGCCAUGAGGGGGUGUCUCUGAUGGAACUGACACCACAGAGCAUUCACACUCAUUCACUGAAAAAAGAGCUAAACAGGAAAAAAAGCCCCCAACAUCUGAAGGAGCUUCUUUUACAGAUUAAACAAAGCAGCCAGCUGUUACAGCAUGAGACACCUCACUGCAAAAAUGCAGACCCAAAACCUCUCCACAAAACCAGAAACACAAAACCCUGACCUGUCCAAACCUUUUCAGGGAGUUGCUGCAAGCCUGGCUAACUUGAAGCCUUUAAGGGACAAUAUUUAUCACCUAAGUUGAUGAAUUUUAUCAAAUCUUUACCAAAUUUGCCUUUAUUUCCCUCCAGGAGGGUGGUGUAGCUUUGCUGAGUUUUGAGAACAGUGUGUUCAUCUGUUCACCAGUGCUGAGAUAAAGCCCUUGCCAAGCCAAGGCAGUACCUGAGCCAGAGUCAGAGCUGCUGUGCUUGAGCAGAACAUUCAGCACAUCCUCACUGCAGGUAACAGCACCUAGGAAGUCACCAAGUUUCAAGUAUUUUCUCCUGAAACAAAGUCAAGUUACUUAAAAAUGACAUUGUUACAUUUUAAACAUUUAAUUAAGAAAAACUUCAAACUUUUAAAAACCAUUGAUGCUGUGACAGUGCAAACAGCAUACAAUUUAUUGCUCAACUUCUGCAUGGGUACAUACAUUAAGUACUUAAAAACCAUUUUAUACAGAUUUUUUUUUUUUGUUAAAGCUCAUGUAACAGCUGGGUGAAAAUACAAUGAUACCAAUGCUAAAACACUCUGUAAUAAAUACAAUGGAAAUGAUAAACUAAGAACUGUCAGUUUGUGGAGGAGUAAUUACACUUGUAUAAACUAAUUACAACUACAGACAAAGAACUGAGGAUGUGCAGAGCCAGGAACCUACUACAUAGUGUAAAGUACAACAAAUGGCACCUGUUAAGUGUGUGGUGCUGUUUAAAAAGAUGCUACAUCGAGCUGGAGGAUGGUGCUGUGACAGGAGCAGAGCUUGAACUUCCAUCAAUGCAGCCUUUUAAACACACCAGGAGUUCAGUACACAUGUAGUGUUGUGGAACAGGAAUUUCAAAACAGCUUGUGUGCUCUGGACUUUAGUACAACACAAAAAUUUGGUACAAAUAAAUCAGUUUAGGGAAACUGAACCUAUGUGCAAAAAAAAAAAAAUUAGAAUACAUACUGUACAAAGCACCAUUACAAAACUCUUUACACCGAGAAAUUAAAUCCUCUGAAACUCAACUGUGAACUGUAUAUUUGAAAUCUACAAAAGUCACUGUUCAUAAUUAAACAUUCAUAAUGAAAAGCAACAGCAUAAAACCAUGAUGUGACAUCUCUCUAAAACAACCAAAGACUGGAUAAAGUAAAACCCAGUAAGAGGGACACAUUGAAAUAAAUAUUCACAUUAAUCAUGGGGUGAAAGUCCAAGGUUAAAAUGCAAUAUUAGGCUUAGCACCUUUUUGAGGGGAAAGUAGCUGACGUGUUCUUGAAACAAAAUUUUGGAAAGGAAUCAACCCUUUACCACUUUCAGAUAAACAUCUGACUGGGUGAUGAGGUGCUUUAGUUAAAGCUCUCAGUCUUUAUGAAGGUAGAAAGGCACUCAAAAUACUUGGUAUACUCAUCCUCAUCUGUCAGCUAUGGAAAGUUCAAUGCAGAUUUGUCUAGUUUUGCCUAUAAUAUAUUAAAUUUACAAUAUCUGUAGCAGUUAAAAAAAUUCUCAAUGCCAUACCAAAAUGUUUAGUAGAAAAACAGAUGUACUGCUAAGGCUGCUGUGAAAAUGAAUGUAAUUAUCAGCUGAUCUCAGCUCUCUGUUCUGCAGAGCUCAUCUCCUCCCUCCCAAAGGUGCUUUUGUGACAGUAAGGUGACCAUAACCAUGCAUUCAAUAAACCCACCAAAUUUCCUAUUUGCCAUGUUCCAUGCCCAGGGAGGCUGUGGCCACAGGCUGGGCAAACACAGGGGAUAAAACAAAAACCCAAACCCUUAAAAAAUCACUUCUGUCAGUUCCAUGACACAAGGACCUGUCUGUAAAAACCCUGCAGCAGGCACUGACCCUCAGAGCUGGCAGGAGCUGAGCAGAGCUUGGGCAGGGCUGGGGUAGGGCAGGAACCUGCACAGGGGCUGAGCUACUGCUGCCAGAGGGACCUGGGCAGCCCUGCAGGGAUGCACAAACAGCAGCCCUUCAACAGGAGUGCAGGAGUCCACUGAAAAGAAAGGGAAAAAGAAGGAAAGCAGAAGGGGAAAAGGAA